AUGCUGCCUCCUUUACCACGAGCGCUCUUCCGGGCCCCAGGCCCCGCGGCGCAAACCUGCCUACGCUCAAUCGCCCGUCCAAGAACAUUCCCUUCAGCGCAAUCAUCACCAUCAUCACCACGCGCACCAACAGCCCGUAAAUUCCACACCACUUCCCGCGCCCGCGCCUCCGAACCAGCCCCCGACUUCCACUCCAUAGUCGACAACCCCCCCGAACUCGUCCGCGCAGGAAACCGCCACGGCCCAGGCCUCAUCAUCCUCGCCCUGAUCCCCAUCACAGCCUUCGCCCUCGGCACAUGGCAGGUCCAGCGCCUCGGCUGGAAGACGGACCUCAUCGCCAAAUUCGAAGACCGUCUCGUCCGCGACCCCCUCCCGCUCCCGCCCAAGAUCGACCCGGAUGCCGUGGCCGAUUUCGACUACCGCCGCGUCUACGCCACGGGCCACUUCCGCCACGAUAAGGAGAUGCUCAUCGGCCCGCGCAUGUGGGAGGGCGAGCAGGGGUACAUGGUCGUGACGCCGCUCGAGAGGGAGGGGGAGGGCACGACGGUGCUGGUGAAUCGCGGGUGGAUCAGCAAGGAGAUGGCGGAUCAGCGGCGGAGGCCUGGCGCGCUGCCCAGGGGGGAGGUCACGGUUGAGGGGUUGCUGCGGGAGCCGUGGAAGAAGAACAUGUUCACGCCUGAGAAUAGACCUGAUCGCUGGGAGUUUUUCUUUCCUGAUGUGCACCAGAUGGCGCAGCUGACGGGGAGUCAGCCUGUUUGGAUUGAGGCUACCAUAGAGCACGAGUUCUUCCGCAUCGUGGACCUCAAGUCUAAGGGUAUCCCUAUUGGCAGAGCCGCGGAGGUGAAUCUGCGGAACAACCAUGCCCAGUACAUCUUCACAUGGUACGGUCUCGCAUUCGCCACCUCAAUCAUGUUGUGGAUGGUCGUAAAGAAACCCCCAACCGACACCGCGCGAAAGGUGCGCAUGAAUAAGCAUUGGUAA